CAAUGGUGACUCGUGAGAAUGUUUGCGAGACUCGGCUCCCAAACUGGCAACCCCCUCCUAAUAAAAACCUUUCCGUUAACUCAAAUAAAUAGAAAGUGGAAGGAAAGGGAAGGGAAGGAAAACAACCAGGUGACAGACACUACGACGAAACUCGAAAGCUUAUGUUAUUAUUUAACCAAAUCAAGCCAGCCCUAGCUUUUUCCUUUUUACUUUAAUGAAUAAUCUGUCCUAAAUUUGAGUAAUCGCAAUCGGAAUCAUCAACCAACCAACAUCCACCUCAUGUUGGCCAUACCACAUAACCAAACCUGGGGAUCCUGGGAGGAGCUCUUGCUAGCAUGCGCCGUCAAGCGCCAUGGUCUCACCGACUGGGACUCCGUCUCCCUGGAGCUCCAGAACAAGACCUCUCUCCCUCAACUCUUCACCACCCCUACCAACUGUCAACUCAAGUACCACGAACUCCUCCGCCGUUUCAACCCCCCUAACCACUACCUUUCCCCACCCUUACCCAACGGAACCGCCGAUGUUGAUCAUACUAUUCCCUGGCUCGACGAGUUGAGAAAAAUCCGCGUUUCCGAUCUUAAGCAAGAGGUCCAACGUUACGACGUUUCCAUCCUGUCCUUGGAGUUGAAGGUGAAAAGGUUGGAGGAAGAGCGGGAGCGGGAGCUGAGCUUCAAAGAUAAUGGAAUUAGUCGCCAAGGAAAACCAGAUCUGGAGGACGGGGAAGAGAGAUCAGAAAACGACAAAAAGGACGAACCGGGAAGAACCGGAGACGACUCGGACCGGGACAAUCGUUCCGUUAACGAGUCCAACACCACCUGUUCUAAAGAAAAAGAUGGUAAAGAAAGCGAAAGAAUGGAACAUGAAACGUUUAACACCGAUAGAGCGGAUCCGGGAUUUAGCGGUUCAAAACCAGUUGUGGAGCAUUCGGACGACGGAAGCUCGGAUACUGUUGGGAAAAACGAGUCAGAGUCCGUAGAGCCAACUCAUGAGAGGAAAGGUGGAAACUUGUCGGACUCACCGACUGACUUGGCGGCUCAGUCGAAUGGAGGGAGGACGAGGGCGAGCAGCGACGUGCAGAGCUCCGCGAGUUUGACUCGUAAGAGGAAGAGGAGGAGAAGCCAGAGAAAGGAGAUUGUAAGCGGCCAGGAGCCGUCGGAGAUCACAGCGAAAUCGCAGCCGUUGGUUAGGAUUUUGGAUAUAAUCAGAGGGCAUAAUAAUAACAGCUCAUUGUUCGAGCGCCGGCUUGAAAGCCAGGAAACGGACAAGUACAAUAAUGUGGUCAGGCAGCACGUGGAUUUGGAAACGGUAGAAAGCAGGCUCCACAAGGGCAACUAUUCCACAUGCACCCUCGCAUUCUACCGAGACCUCCUGCUCCUCUUCAACAACGCCACCCUUUUCUUUCCCAAGUCCUCCGUUGAAUCAAUCGCCGCUCACCAGCUUCGCCACCUUGUGUUGAAUGAAAUUCCAAAAUGCAGUGACUCCUUCCCAACAGAAAAUUCACCGACACCAAAUACAGCAGUAUUCCAACCUAAAGCUGAACCAGAAAGAUCCCAUUCAUUGCUGGCAAAGCCCAACGCAUCUGUUCCCAUGAUCGUUUGCCGUAAACGAAGCUCCAUUUCGGCUAAAUCAAGUUCCUCUGCCGCUACCCUUUUUCUGAAAGAGAAUCAAAUAAGCGAGGAGAAGAAGCCAGCUCUUGAUCCAAAGACACCAUCCAUUAAGCCCUCGUCGGAUGCUGCAGUGGAAGACAUGAUGAAAACAAAUGCCAAAGACAAGCCUGUAACUGGAGUCCGAAGCUUGAGAAGGAGCAACAAGAACCCAACAAACAAUACUUCUAGUAGUGCUUCCAGCAGGAGACAAAUGAGCACGAGCCCUAACUCAAAAACCAAUCUAGCCAACCAAGUCGAGACUAUUCCCAAAACUGACAAGAAGAAGAAAACGGAAGCAUUGGCGUUGGAAAAGAAAAGAAGUGCGGCGGAUUUCUUGAGAAGGAUUAAGCGGAACUAUCCUGCGGAAACGUUGAAGAGUGGUAGUAAGGAGCAGAAAACGAGGCACAUUGGGAAGGGGCAUAAAAGGAAUGAGAGGGUGCUGAGGCAAAGCAGUAAUAAGAAACAUGAUGAUGAUGAGGAAGAGGAGGAGGAGGAGAAUAGCCCAUCGAAGCGAAGUGUUGGUAGGCCACCUAAAAAACUAGCCAAGGCUAAUGCAGUUUCAGCGAAGCGCGGUAAGGACAGUGGACUAAAGGAAGUGGUGGCCUUAAAGCGGUCUAAAAAGCGUCCUAGGAGGUGAGGUAAAACUGACUACCACUUUUAGUUGCUUCUGUAUAUUCAUUUAUGUAACUCUCUAUUUUAACUAAGAAAAAGGGUUUACACUACCAAUUAGAAAGUUGUAGACCUACCUUCUGGUCUUCCCUGUAAGAUGGAACUUCUUCAUUUGCCUGUUACUCUGUACCAUUUGUGUUUCGCAAGGAAACCAUAGCCAUCCUGUACCGUGUCCA